AGCAGGAGGAAGCGAGAAAUCAGUGCAAGAUGCAGUCUGCGACCCUCUGCGGCAGGAUGGGUCGCAGUGAGGAGCUCAGUGACUUCCAGCGGGGGACGGUGGUCGGAUGUCACCUGUGUAAAAAGUCUGUCCGCGAGAUCUCCGCCCUGUUGAACCUGCCCCGCUCCACCGUCAGCGCCGUCAUCCUCAAGUGGAAACGUGGAGGAAUAACGACGGCUCUGCCCCGCAGCGGCCGGCCGCACAAGCUGAAAGAGGAGGACCGGCAAGUGCUGGAGAAAGUAGCGCUGGAAAACUGUCUGCCCUCCGUGGAGGCUCUCACCGCCGAGUUUCAGAGCGCCUCCGGGGCCACCGUGAGCCCCAGGACGGUCCGCCGGGAGCUGCACGAGAUGGGCUUCCGUGGCCGAGUGUCCACCUACAACAAGCCUAAAGGAGGUGAGAAAGCAGAGAAGAAGCAGGCGGCCCCGAGCCCAGAAGAAGCUCAGGUAGACGUGUCUCGCCUGGACCUGCGCGUUGGACGUAUAAUCACAGCUCUGCAGCUUCCAGAGAUGGACAGCCUGUAUGUGGAGCAGGUCGACGUUGGAGAGACUUCUCCCAGGACGGUGGUCAGCGAGCUCGCUAAGCACAUACCUCUGGACCAGAUGCAGAACCGCAUGGCAGUGCUGCUGUGUAACCUAAAGCCAGCCAAAACAAGUUCAGUGCUGUCCCAGGCGAUGAUCAUGUGUGCCAGCUCACCACACAAGGUUGAAAUCCUUGAACCUCCAAGUGGAGCAGCACCAGGGGACAAAAUUACUUUUCAGGGCUUCCCAGGUGAACCAGACAAAGAGCUGAACCCCAAAAAGAAGGUGUGGGAGCAGAUUCAGCCAGACCUUCGCACAGACAGCCAGUGUGUUGCAACCUACAAGGGAGCUGCCUUUGAAGUUGUUGGCAAGGGAGUGUGCAAAGCCCGAACCAUGAGCGACAGUGAAAUCAAAUAAACUAACAGAGCAGCUUGAAAUAACUCUGUGUGAAUCCCUGCUGCCAGGCAGGAUCCAAAAUUUUCUGGAGAGUUUUCCCAGAAGAGUAAAGGCCGCUGUGGCAGCGUGUUAAUGCCUUCGGUUUUGGAUUGAUGUGUCCAACAAUCACAUGGGUGUCACAUUUGAGUUUCCACAUACUCUUGUCCUGUUAGGGACAGUGAUGGUGUUGUCACCCUCUGUUGGACAGAUGUGAAUAUUACUGUUCCAUUUUUUACUGUGAAAAUCUGAAGUUCUGUUUUUGGCCAAAGGAGGGCGCUACAGUACUCAUUAUAAUGUAUGUACAGUAUGUGCGUGGUGACUUUGUGAGAACAUACAGCACACAGUCAUACCCAGCAUGACGAGAAGACGAUGGAAAUUCUUGCAAAGAAUCCCUUUUGGUUGGGGAAUAUCUGAUGAAAUCUAAAAUCUUUCCUAUAACACCGCAGAGGUCAUUUCUGCGGAACGGUGGAUGAAACGUAACAGUGCAGAAGUCCCGAUUGAAAAGGGGACUUUAAACUGUUGUUUGGAAAUGAGUGGGGAAAUUACAUUAGAUUUAACUAAAUGUGAUUAUAGAUAUGUUCAUAAGCAACUGCGAACAGGCAGUAAUUUGAACUCCUUCAGCUCAAGUCUGAUGCAGUUGAUAGAAAUGGGGCAGUGUGUUAUAUAUUAUUAUAAAUAAGCUGUGGAAAUUUUUAUUUGAAGAAUUUAUCUAGGGCUGGGCGACAUGGAGAAAGUCAAAUAUCACAAUAUUUCAUAUCCAGAUCCUUUUUUUAAUAUGCAGUUUCCCAGAAAUCCUGUGAAACUGAAAACUGGUCGUUCUAAAUGUUUGAUUUGGAUGUAAAUACAGAUGUUUGUUUUAAAAUGUUUUCCUCAACACGUUGAUGUUGUUGACGAUGUUGGUAUCCAUUCUGUUUGUGCAUGUUGUUACUCUGCUCUUUAGAAAGUGUACCAGCUCAGUUAAACCUUAGCCUUUAUAUGUAUUACAUCAUGUCUGCGUCUCUGUUUCGGUUAAUACUGAUAUUAAGCCUGUUUAUUUUUCAAAGGGCAACAAAAAUAAACCAACAUGUCUUGGUUUUAAAACAA